UUUAGCUACUAGUGAAUUCAUACGUAACACCUUUAUUCUACCAGUGGAAAAUUUUAACUUGCAUGGAACAUGAGUAAAACUUUUGAUUUAUCUAUUCUACCAGUGGAAAUAGAAGGUUUGAAAGGAAUCAUCUUAUAAUUAUUUAUAUAAAGAGGACCAGAAACGUAAACAGAAUCAAAAGAAGAGAGUUUAUUUUCUUCUGUUUCAUAUAUACAAGGGGUUCCAAAAAAAUAAUAAUGGUUCAAGGGGAAAGGUCGGAUUCGUUGGACUACAGGAUUGAGCUAUUGUCGCCGGCUAAUGAUAUUGGUGAAGGUAAUUUAGCAACAGAAACUGAGAAUUCAUGGAGGCUUAACUUUGACGAUAUUCGAUUGCCAGAGAGAAGAACUAAUACUUCGCCUUUUGGUUUGUGUGAUCUCCUGAGAACUAUAAGAAAACAAAGUGAUGUUGCGGAUUAUUACAAGAGACAAGAAAAGCUUCUCCAAGGAUUCAAUGAAAUGGAGGUUGUGAAUGAUGGAUGUUUACCCGGAGCUUUAACAGAGGAUGAAAUGAAGGAACUAGCAAGGAGUGAAAGGAUGGCGAUUCAUGCUUCUAACGUGGCAAACUUGGUGCUUUUUGUUGCCAAGGUUUAUGCUUCUCUAGAGAGCAGAUCCUUGGCAGUGAUUGCGUCCACCUUGGACUCUCUUUUGGAUCUCUUAUCAGGUUUCAUCUUGUGGUUUACUUCCAAUGCCAUGAGAAAACCAAACGAAUACCGCUAUCCUAUAGGCAAGAAGAGGAUGCAACCAGUGGGCAUUAUAGUUUUUGCAUCAGUAAUGGCAACUCUUGGAUUACAAAUAUUACUGGAAUCUGGCAGGGAACUUAUUUCGCAGUCCCGUCCUGAGAUGGAUCCAAGUAAGGAAAAGUGGAUGAUUGGGAUCAUGGUGUCCGUGACAGCAAUAAAGUUGGGGCUCAUGUUAUAUUGUCGAAGGUUCAAAAAUGAAAUUGUUAGAGCCUAUGCUCAAGAUCAUUUUUUCGAUGUUAUCACCAACUCAGUUGGUCUUGCAACAGCUGUUCUUGCCAUCCGAUUCUUCUGGUGGAUUGAUCCUACUGGAGCAAUAAUAAUAGCUCUAUAUACAAUGGGCACUUGGGCAAAGACUGUACUGGAGAAUGUGUGGUCGUUAAUUGGGAGAACAGCUCCACCGGAUUUUUUGUCGAUGCUAACGUAUCUAAUUUGGAAUCAUCACGAAGGAAUAAAUCACAUUGACACGGUGAGGGCAUAUACGUUUGGAUCUCACUAUUUUGUAGAAGUGGACAUAGUGUUACCAGGGAAUAUGAUUCUUAGUGAAGCUCAUAAUAUUGGUGAAACGCUUCAAGAGAAACUUGAGCAACUCAACGAAGUUGAACGAGCUUUUGUACAUAUAGAUUUUGAGUUCACUCAUAAGCCAGAACACAAGCCCAAGAAGGUGUGAGCCAUCUUUAUGUGGUACUUGGUUGGAUCGAACAAAAUCAACAACAAAUUUGAGAGUAAACAAUACUUCUCAUCACGCUGCUCACUGUAAUUCCGUGUUAAUCUAGUGCAAGGUUAAGCUAUAUACAUGUAGAUCCCUGGAUAGGUCAUCACUUAUUUCCAGCUCGCUGAAAUUGUGUCUUUGAUUUGGCUCCUGGUUGAGUUUCAUGCUUCAAAAAAUUAAUACCAAGUUUUGUUGUAACUUAGAAUACACCACUCAAGGAGAUUUAGAUAGGAAGGAAAAAUGAUGGGUACUUGCUGUAGUACGAAAUACGUGCUAGGUAACUGGCAUGUGUUAAUUGCUCUAUUUUAUUAAAUUUAAGUUACCAAAAAUCGGGCUUUUAUUA